AUGGAUCCGUUUGAUGCUGCAUCUUAUCAACACAAUUGUGGCAUUUGCAGGAGUAGCCUGACAACAGAGCAAGGCCAAGCCAUCUACACUGCUGAGUGCUCGCAUUGCUUCCACUACCCUUGUAUAGCCAACAAUGUCCAGCUUGGAAAUCUUUGCUGCCCAAUCUGCCGAGCAAAGUGGAACAAGGAUAAUGUGCCUUUCCAAGUUCCUCCUCCUCAAAACAAUAACUUGGGUGCAAUCCCUCUUCUCCUUCCAUUCCGAUCGCAGCUACAACCCCAUGUGUAUUUUCCUCAGGACCAAUGCAUGCAGGAACCUAAGUAUCCUCCUGAGCCACCUAUCUUCUCAGACGAUGAACCUCUCCCAUCGUCCACCUCAUCCAUUCAAUCCUGUGCGCCACAGAAUAUAACGGUUAAGACUCAUAAAGAGUUGCCUGCUAUCUCUGCUGCAGAAUCAAACCCAAAUUUUCCUGUCCUUGUCAGCAUUCGUGCACCGCCCCUUCCGGAUUCUGAGAGCCAUGGUCGUACGCCAAUUGACCUUGUAACAGUUCUAGACGUAAGUGGCAGCAUGAGCGGCACAAAGCUUUCCCUUCUCAAGCAAGCUGUCACAUUUAUCAUAGAAAAUUUGGGGCCUUUGGAUAGACUUUCAAUAGUUUCUUUCUCAUCAAGUUCUAGAAGAGUCUUUCCGCUCCAAAGAAUGACUGUUGAUGGCCGUGAAAGUGCCAUUCUAGCCAUUCAGUCUCUUCGAGCAGAUGGUGGAACUAAGAUUGCAGAAGGGCUCAAGAAAGGAACUAAGGUCCUUGAAGAUCGAAGAGAAAGAAACCCAGUUUCUAGCAUCAUUCUCUUAUCCGAUGGCAAAGAUACAUACAAUAGAAGUGCAAACCAACUGUUGAAUAAAUUGCCUGCUUCAAUUCGUUCUAGUGACAUGCAACAGGAUAUCCCAGUUCACGCAUUUGGAUUUGGCUACGACCAUGAUCCCAACAUUAUGCACGCUAUAUCUGAUGUGUCAGGUGGCACCUUUUCGUUCAUUGAAUCAGUUGAAAUGAUACAAGACUCCUUUGCUCUGUGUAUUGGUGGUCUUCUAAGUGUUGUGGCUCAGGAAGUUCGUCUAACAGUAAGGUCAGCAUCGCCUGGGGUGAAGAUUUUAGCAAUACCAUCAGGGAGACAUGUAAAUGAGAUAUCUGAUGAGGGUCAGCAAGGUGUUGUUCAUGUUGGAAAUAUGUAUGCAGAAGAGGACAAACAAUUUCUGGUGUACCUAACAGUUCCAGAAUUGGCAGCUGCACAUACUAAUACGUCAUUAUUAGAGGUUUUUUGCAUGUACAAAGAUCUAGCUUCAAAUGAGUUGAUGCAGGUACAAGGUGAGAAAAUAGAGAUACUGAGACCUGAGUUUUGUUCCCCUGCUGAAAAGACAGUGUCUUUGGAGGUUGAUCGGCAGCGCAACAGAAUUUUGGUGGCUGAAGCUAUAGCUGAGGCACAGAGGUUGGCUGAGAUUGGAAAUCUGGAGGGUGCACAGGCUCUUUUGGCUCAACGGAAAGAAUUUCUCUCAACUUCUCCGGCAUCCCAAGCUGGGGAUUAUCACAGUAAUUUGUUUGAACAAGAGCUUAGAGAAAUGAUGGAUAGAAUGGCAAGUAUGAAGUUGUAUAAAAGAAGUGGGCGUGCUUAUGCUCUCUCAGGACUCAGUUCCCAUAAGUUGCAAAGGGCCACAGCUAGGGGUGACACAGGAUUCUCAGGUUGCAGGGUUGUCCAAAAGGGGAGUUUUGGAGCUCGCAGAGCUGCCGAAUCAGGUGCUGCUACAGGUGAAUCACCUGCUGCUGUUGGUGUUUUUGAAACACCUGCUAUGCUCAGAAUGAACAAUUGUGGCAUUUGUAGGAGUGGCCUGGCAAGAGUGCCAAGUGAAGGCAUCUUCACUGCUGAGUGCUCGCACAUUUUCCACUACUAUUGCAUUCUCAACAAUGCCAAGCUUGGGAAUCUUCACUGCCCUGUCUGCCAAGCGAAGUGGAAUAAGGAUAAUGUACCUUUCCAGGUUCCCCCUCCUCAGAACAACAACAUGGGCACUCACUUCCCAUCGCAGCAGCCAACCCGUUGGUGUUAUCCACAGCACCAGUACAUGCAGGAACCUCCUGAGCCACUUACCUUUUCUGACGAUGAACCUCUCCCACAGUGCACCUCAUCCAUUCAAUCCUCUGCCCCUCAGAAUAUAACAGUUAAGACUCAUACAGAGUCCUCUGCAAUCUCUUGUGCAGAAUCAAUCCCAAAUUUUCCUGUACUUGUCAGCAUUCUUGCACCGCCCCUUCAGGAUUCUGAGGGCCAUGGUCGUACUCCCAUUGAUCUGGUAACAGUUCUAGAUGUAAGUGGCAGCAUGGAAGGCACAAAGCUUUCCCUUCUCAAGCAAGCUGUCAGAUUUGUCAUAGAAAACUUGGGGCCUUCGGAUAGACUUUCUAUAGUUUUGUUCUCAUCAAGUUCUAGAAGAGUCUUUCCUCUGCAGAGAAUGACAGUUGAUGGCCGUGAAAGUGCCGUUAUAGCCAUUGAGUCUCUUAGAGCAGAUGGUGGAACAAACAUUGCAGAAGGACUCAGGAAAGGAUCUAAAGUCCUUGAAGAUCGAAGGGAAAGAAAUCCAGUUUCCAGUAUCAUCCUCUUAUCUGAUGGCAAAGAUACCUACAAUAUAACUGCAAAUCGACUGUUAAACCAGUUGCCUAAUUCGAUUCGUUCUAGUGACAUGCAACAAGAAAUCCCAGUCCACACAUUUGGAUUUGGCUACGACCAUGAUCCCAACAUUAUGCAUGCUAUAUCUGAUGUGUCAGGUGGCACCUUUUCGUUCAUUGAAUCAGUUGGAAUGAUACAAGAUUCCUUUGCUCUGUGUAUUGGUGGUCUUCUCAGUGUUGUGGCUCAGGAAGUUCGCCUGACACUAAGGUCAGCAUCGCCUGGGGUGAAGAUAUUAGCAAUACCGUCAGGGAGACACGUGAAUGAGAUUUUUGAUGAGGGUCAGCAAGGUGUUAUUCAUGUUGGAAAUAUGUAUGCUGAAGAGCAGAAACAAUUUCUGGUCUACCUCUUUGUUCCAGAAUCCUCAGCUCCUCAUACUAAGACGUCGUUGUUAGAGGUGUUGUGCAUGUACAAAGAUCUAGCUUCAAAUGAGUUCAUCCAGGUGCAAGGUGAGAAAAUAGAGAUACUGAGACCUGAGGUUUGUUCCCCUGCUGAAAAGACAGUGUCUUUGGAGGUUGAUCGGCAGCGCAACAGAAUUUUGGUGGCGGAAGCUAUUGCUGAGGCACAAAGGUUGGCUGAGAUGGGAAAUCUGGAGGCUGCACAGGCUCUUUUGGCUCAACGGAAAGAAAUGCUCUUAACAUCUCCAGCAUCCCAAGCUGGGGAUUAUCACAGUAAUUUGUUUGAAACUGAGCUUAGAGAAGUCAUGGAAAGAAUGGCAAGUAUGAAGUUGUAUAAACAAACCGGGCGUGCUUAUUCUCUUGCAGUAAACAGUUCCCAUAUGUCACAAAGGGCCAGUACUAGGGGUGACGCAAGUGCCUCCUGUCUCAAUGCAGGUUCAGUUGGGGGCAGGAGGAGGGGCCUCCGUAGUCGCAGUUCCUAUACGGCUCUCAAUGCUGCUCCGGGUGAAUUCCAUCAACCACUUGCCUCGGCUCUUAAUGCUGCUCCAGGUGAAUUGCAUCAACCAUCUGUCGCGGUUGGUGUUUUCGAGACGCCUGCUAUGGUCAGAAUGGUACGAAGAUCACAGAAUAGAAAUCAACCUGGACCAUAUUACGUCUAA